CCGCAACCGGCAAUAAUCGUACGAGUACACGUGAGUUACCGUGGUCGAUACUCGAUAGCUGCUACUAGUGACAUGCACGCGUGUGGUCUAUUAAGGUCAGGGUACUAUCGAAGUGCCAAAUCUGCGGAAAAUCUUGUUUUCACUAUCGAUUUGUGUGAUUAGAUAGAAAGGUCGUAUCUUGCUUAUGAUGUACCUUGUCACUUUAUGAAUGAUCAACGUAACGUCUGCCUGAGUUUGCAGCUUGACUCAUGCUAUAUUCCCGUAACAGAUUCGGCGAUUGAUCGCGGUGAUUAUGGAUCUGUCAUCUUCGUUCUGGGCAGAAAGUAGGAGUCGAAGGUAGACCAUAAUUUUUCAAGCCAAUUUAUUAAACCUCCUAAAUAUCUUGGUCUUAGCAGUUUGUAUGUUGACUGUUGAGACAGAUUCAAAGUAUCCAUUACCGUUGCACAGUUUCUUCACUUCCAUAUGAAUCUUCAAGCUGUUCAGUUACGCAGUAGGAAAAGGAUUGCGUAAAGAGUAUCAAUAUUAUUAAUUAGCGACCAGCUCGGUUGUCAGUCAUGUGUCGAAUAAAUUGCUUUUGACAGUCUUUCCUUUUAGCAUAACUACGUCAUUGUCAGAUGAAAUUAUGCAUAAGCGAAAACUUUUAGCAAGGAAAUCAUGAUGAUUUAUGGUUUAAUGGUGAUAUCCUGUCGACACCUCGGUUGAUAUGCCGGCACCAGAUUUAGUUCAAGUUCUCGCAUUCAUCUCUCUCUCGACGUGUACAGCCAUUUGGCCAUGGCCCGGUUUGAAGGAUGCACACAGAGUUGUCAUUUGAUAAUGCAUUAUAAAUUUCCUUGCAUUAUAACGGUGGCAUAAUCUGAAGUAGCGUUAUGAUCCACGGUUUUCGAAUAAUUUGUCCGAAAUCCGUGGUCACAGUUUUCGCCUUGGUCAGUAGAAGCACUGUAGCUGAUUUUGCGCACGCAACAUUUUCCCAUUUCCGGUUGAACGAAUGUAACUGCCUUCCCUACGACAUUAUUUUGCCCAAAAGCGGCUAACGAGGAUUUAGUAUAGAGCUGUUCAUGCCGGAAUACGGAUCUCAUCGGCGCAUGCUCAUUUUGGUGUAAUUAACGGCGUUAUCUUGGGAACUACUGUGCGAAAGUUCGACAACCAGCAAUUUAUAUACCGCGGUGCGGAACUCCUAGUUCAUGAUGUGGAGCAGUUACGGCAGCUUUUCUUUGUUCUUCCCUUUCCUGUUAGCGGCAUCAAUUGGAGAUCUUCCAAUUACUAUCCACCCUCCAACGGAUGCAGACGGCGGAUCAAGGCUGCCCACUCCACUUCAUGAAGCCGAAGACAAUAUCUGCCGGACAGAAGCAUGUGUGACAAGAGCGGCACUUAUGUUACAAUCCAUGAACACUUCCGUGGAACCUUGUCAAGACUUUUUCGAAUACGCUUGCGGCAACUGGAAUGUCCUGAAUCCCAUUCCCCCUGAUUACGCCAAAUGGGGUGUCCUGCAGCAAAUGCAGCAGCAACUAUUUGCCAAAUUGCGAAAUCUGAUGGAUUUCAACGGGACUGAUGUUUCAACGGCGAGAAAAAAGGCCCGACAAGUUUAUGCCGCAUGCAGUGAUAUCAAUGCCAUUGAAGAAUCCGGAUCGCUUCCAUUUAUUGAUGCCUUGAAUAACGUUAUGGGCUCAUGGCCAAUGCUAAAUAAAUCAUGGGACAGUAGCCAGUUUAGCGUGUUGGACACUUACAGCAAAAUGGCUCGCGAAGGUCAAUCGUACCUGAUUUCAAUGUACGUAUCUGCUAACCAGGAAAAUCCCCGUGAGCAUAUAUUGUUCUUUGAUGAAACUUCCCUGGGAUUACCGUCAAAAAAAAUGUAUUAUCGUUCAUCAUCGGAGCGCACCCGACGAGGAUAUAUGGCCUUAAUGAAAAACCUUACGAAGUUAUUGGCCGAAGACUUGAAAGUGAAACCCCCAAAUGAUCUCGAUAAGCAGCUAAAGGAUUUUUUUGACUUCGAAGCCGCAAUUGCUAACUUCAGUUUCACGGAAGAAGAGCGUCGUGAUCCAUAUAAAACCUUCCAUAAAAUGACGCUAAAUGAUUUUCUCGAUCAUCAUUUCAACAAAACCUUCAACAAAUCUGACAUAUUACAAGCCUUACGGAAUAUACCCCUCAACGGCUCAGUGGCAGAGGCCAUUCAGUUAAAUUUAACUGUCAACGUUGUCAAUCCAUCAUAUUAUGAAAAACUGGACGACUUGUUAUCGAAAAAGCUGUCGGACAAAGCCGGUACGGGAAAACGUUUUAUUGCCUCUUAUUGGGGAUGGCGUUUACUGCAGAAUGCGGCAGCUCAGUUAUCCAAACGCUAUCGCGAUGCGGCAUUCGAAUUUGAUAAAGUCUACUCCGGGGUAAAGGAAGAAUCCCCUCGCUGGCGGACUUGUGUGGAUUAUACCAAUUCAGCCAUGAAGUUAGCUGUCGGCAGCAUAUAUGUGGAUAUCUAUUUUGGCAUGGAAGCGAAGAGCAAACUUCUCGGGCUGGUCAGCGAUAUACAAAAUUCCUUCGAGCGCAUACUUAACGAAAUCCGUUGGAUGGAUAGUGAAACCAAAGACAGAGCCCUUAAAAAGCUUCGCGCUGUAAUGGAAUAUAUUGGAUACCCGGACUUCAUUUUACAAGAUCUGCCACGGCUGGACCUAUUUUAUGAAAAAUUCAAUAUUUCGAAUUCUCACUUCGUCAACGACAAGAAUAUUGAUGUCCAAAUCACUGCCAAGCACCAUGAAGAUUUGCUCAAACCAAGUUUGCGUAACAUUGACGAGAAUGUCGCGCCGGCUACCGUAAAUGCCUACUAUUAUCCACAGAAAAAUAUCAUCGCAUUUCUGGCGGGUAUUAUGCAACCACCGGUAUUCCACAAGGAUUAUCCUGAUUAUUUAAACUACGCGGCACUGGGCCAAGUGUUCGGACAUGAACUGACUCACGGAUUUGACGACAAAGGCUCAUUAUUCGAUGAAGAAGGUCGACUAUCCGCGUGGUGGACAAACACUUCUCGUAUUAACUACUUGAAUCGCGCCAAAACCGUCAUUGAGCAAUACAAUAGCUAUAAUACUUCCGCUGGAAACCUCAACGGAGUAUUAACUUCCGGAGAAAAUAUUGCUGAUAAUGGCGGUGUUAAAGAAGCCUAUAUGGCAUUUAAGCAGUAUUUAUCCCGAGUGAACGAAUCCUCAAUCUCGUUGUUACCUGGUUUGGAAAGUUUCUCCGUGGAGAGGGUUUACUUCUUGGCCAGCGCACAAACAUGGUGCGGAUAUUACCGACCGGAAUAUAUGGCGAACAACAUUUUACUGUCGGUUCACAGUCCGUAUCCGUUUCGCGUAAUGGGACCGCUGUCGAAUCUGCCAGAUUUUGCGGAGGCUUUUAAUUGUCCUUCGGGAUCACCUAUGAACCCCUCAAAGCGCGCUGGUGUAUGGUGAAAUUUUUGCUACACGAUUUUUGUUAUAAAAAUCUUGUGCGUGCAGUACACCUUGAAAUCAGUGCUAACACAUCUGGGAAUCUCAGUGGAAGUCGAGCUACUAAUUUAUUUAGUAUUGCGCAUGCUGGUCUGUAGCCCGGUGUAACCUAUUUGUUUCGUUUUAUUAGUAAAAUUUGUUGUCAGGAAUUUGCAAUUGCUUUAAACCGUAUAGACAGACUACCUACGGCUAACCGUGUAGGCAUUACUCGGUAGGCGAAGGCCAUAAUUUGGAAAAUAAU